AUUUUUUUUUCCAGAAAAAAUCACUCAGAGAAUGUAAUAGAUACCCAGAAAUGCGAAUUGAAUUCGAUGUGCAUAUUGAAUGAAUUAUGUAUGUCUCGUAAAUGGAUGUAGCCAAAAUACGAUUUUUUUAAAGAGGGUGAUAACAAAACGUUUACGUAUUCAGCAAAGUGCACUGUUAUGACAAACAUCGUUAAAGUCCAGGGAUUGAUUAAAAAAUAAGCUAAGCGAAUAGUUGCCACGAUAGUAUACAACAAAACCUUAUGAAUAGUAACGUUUCUCUGGACGAAAAUUUGGGGAAAAAAGUCGUCGAAAACAAAAUCAAAGAUGACGGGACAUUCGGAAAAGCAUGUGCUGGGCUCGCCGAAAAGAGGGCCAUCGCCGCUGUCGUUGACGCAUCAGCGCAUACUUUGGGCGACGACAAAAGAGUCAAGAAAGUCUCUACGAUCAAAAUGUCUAAAAAGGUCGUAGUUCGUCCGGCGUCCUUGGGACAACACGAUACUGAUCGUCCACUCAGGACCACCAAAUUCCCAAAUGGCAAUGAUAACUGCGUGUCGGCAUCAACUGAGUCGGUAAAUUCUACGAACAAUGCCGAUAUCGCUAAUCGCAUUCGUCUGUCGAAUAACCCUGGAGUGUGCAAAUUGAAGAAAUUGAAUUCAUAAAUAUGUUAAACGGUUCCUUUUUGUGUUGGUCUCGUGAAUCAAAUUGUAGAAUAAGAAGGACUAUAAGUAGAAUAUGACAUUUGCAACAGCUCUACACUACUAAUCGGAAAACAUUUCGUGACUCUUCAACUUGCGAUAGCUCCUGGGACGUUGACUGUUGUUGGCUACGGGGAAACAAUCAUUGACGCUCAAGAUGAUGCGUCUUAUGAAUGUUUGAAUCGCUUCAAAGCAAUGUUAAUAUAAUGAGCGUCCACCCUAAGUUAGGUUAUUAGUUUAAAUAGAUAAAUAUAUGUAAAUAACCAAGAAGUUAGUGAGCACUUACCACUGAACUUCUACGGCACAAAUUUGAAAUGGAAAACAUUUUUUUUUUUCAUUUUUUUAUAUUGUGUUAAAAAACUUAAACCAGUACAUUCUUUAGAAUACAAUUGUAUGAGGUACAAUAGUCGGGUGAAUCUGGAUUUCAAGAGCUGUUCGAUCGAUUGGACUUGGGUCACUUUGCCCACUAAAAAGACCGAUCCCAUUGUAUCCCGUAAUCAUCAAAAACUCGUGCACAGACAACAUAAACUGAAUAAAUUCUCCGAUGCAUUAUUAUGUCAUUAAUUUAAUCCGUUGAGGAAAAACAUCCCGUCAAUUUAUCGAUAUCUUGUUUGCAUAAUGUGAUUGUCACACAACAUAUUAUAAUACUAUAGUCAUACUAAGACUAUAUU